CUGACCUCGGUCGACAUGAUUACUAUUCACUCAUUCCUUCUUACCUUCUUUUAGUUAGAUUCUAUCCCAUCACUUCUGCAAUACGAUGAGUACGACUUCUAGUUCGAGCAAGGCUGCCGCUCAACCUCAGCAAAGUCGCGGCCCUCGCUCGGGUUCCUUACGUUUGCAUCGUGAUCUGGCCUCUUCCUCUUCGCGGCACGGCUGACGCAUGAUCGCAGACACCUAGCCUUCCAGUCGCUCUAAGGAGUCCCGAUCUCACCUUUUAUGUCCUCUUAGACCUGCCUGGCCAUGUCUGACUAAUUCUCCAGGUCUUGCGUGAUCUUGUUAAAGCAGCAGUUCUGAGGAGGUGCUAUUACAAUGCUCUCUGGCCAUUUUAUACUCUUCCUUUCUGAAUCCACUCUCUGAUGUCCAGAAAAGGUGUUUGGUUGUCGAUAGAUCCCACUCUCCGCCCAAAUUGUGGACCCAAGGAACUGUCGCAAGUACUUGGAUGGGCUUAUUGUUCGGUCAGAUAUUGAAAGAGACCAUCUACCUUGUCUCGAGGCAUACCCGACACGAUCGGCUGGUGUAUCUGUGCCAAAGAUAAAGGCGCCCAAUCACUACCAGUUAUCCAUCGGUAAUUGAUAUAGGUGGCCAGCAACGACCUUGGGACACAGCCUCUCAGCCUUCUCCAUUCCAGCUAAGUCAGACUGACUAAUCAUUUCUUCUCGACAUUGGCCUCAACCUACCCUCUUGGCCUGACAAUGUCCGUCGCCAUGCAAGCUUUUGCAAAGCAGCAAUUUGGCGAUCGAACAUAUACCUCCCUUCAAUCUAUCGUGGACGACCCCGCCCAGGCUCUUAUCUCGUCCAGUGCCGCCAUUCAGAGCCACAGACCAGUUAAUGGAGGUCUUGACGACAUCCUGUCUGCCUCUCGCUACCCGCAAGCCUUGAUGGAACCUUAUCAGGACCCAACUUCGGACUCUCGCAAGAACAAAGCUACAUCAUCGGACCAGUUCUACGGAGGUCUCGUGUUCACAGGGCCAUUGACCGACAGCAAUCAGUCGUCUGUGGAACCGGAACAGUCACCAACACAAAGGAAAAAGAGGGCAGCUAAACGAGCAUCGGCAGGUGACGCCGAGGAUCAACCAGAGAGCAAGAAGCAAAGAGGUCGUCCUAGGCUUGACACUUAUGAUGAGACCGCAGCAGAUCGCCGCCGGACCCAGAUCCGUCUGGCCCAGCGAGCCUAUCGAAACCGCAAAGAGACCACCAUCUCAGCGCUGAAGCAAAAGGUGACAGAUCUCCAGGAUACUAUCGACCAAAUGAACAAGACCUUUCUGAGUUUGCACGACAACAUGGUCGAUGCUGGAAUCUUAACGUCGCACUAUACCUUGGGUCGCCAACUGCAGGCUGCGACAGAGGAGUUUGUCGCCUUGGCCAAGAUUACAUCCUCUGAAUCAGACGACGAGGAUGACAAGAUUGCCCAAAUCACCAAGGGCGAUUCUGAUCAAUCCGGUACCCGGAACGAGAGAAGACGUAGCAACAACUCCAUGGAACCGAAGACUGUGUCUCGCUCCACGAAGGCGACAAAUAUCGACCGGAGAAGCAGCGGCGGCCGCACUUCUACCGACGCAGAUGCCGACCUCGAAGAACUUCAAUUGACGAACACCAGCAAUGACGACACCAACACGCUUUUCGCGACAUUCUACAAUGACAGCUCUAACCUGGAUGGCCUCGACAACCUGAUGUCCUUCAACGCUACAGUCCCCGAGAUCGCAUUCUCCGAUGAAGCCGUUUAUAACAAGCCACUCGCUCUCGAGCGACCUCUGAAGCCGACAUACCAUCAAGGCAAUUAUACGUACAGCUUCCAGGAGACCACCUUCGCACGACGCUUGCACAGAAUGUGUCUGGAACGCGCGUUCCGCUAUUUGACGGUUCCGAACAUCUCCCCGGACAGGAUCAAGCGUGCGUUUCGAUUCACGUUCUGCUUCUCGAACCGCAAGCGCAUGCUCCAACGAUUCCAGGAAAUGUUGAAGCGCAAGGCUGGCGAGUCCCUGGAAAAUUGGAACGUGCCUUUCUUCCACAUCGGUGGGGCCGGCACGCACUUCCCUCGGCGCGAUGAUGGUGGCAACCCAAUCUAUCCUCCUAAUAUGGUCAGUCCAGCAAAGGCGUUCGGGCCCCAACCAUUUAUCGAAGUGGAGACGCCCCGUAUGGAGGCAUCAACCAAAGAGAUGCUCGAGAACAUAGGGUUCGGCGGCGAGUGGUACGACUCGCACGACGUCGAGGAAUACCUAAAGACAAAGGGGAUCUUCCUCGACGGCCAGAGCUCUUUCGUGGAACUUGAUCCUAGCGUCCUCAUCCUCGUCAAGGCCAGUAGAGGCUUGAGCGAGACAUCCAGUUCCAGCUUCACCCCGACCGAGCCCAGUAUUCGGACUCCGAGUCCUCUGCUUGCGGGCCUCGGGAAUCCCCUUGUCGACCCCUUUUUGGCACGCGAUUUAAGUGAAAUGUACACCAAUCCCUCGACUGUCUUCCCGACGAUGCAGAGCACCGCGGCCGCUGCAAGUGAAAACCUUCUUCACUCCAUAUCGAAUAAGCCCAACUCCGAUCCCUGGGCGGAGUUUACGGCCGCGGCACAUAGUUCGCCUGGCUCCACGCCUACGUUCCAAGAUCUGAUGGGACGUAGACAAGCGCCAGUUACCUUUGAUGUGGAGGCGUUUCUUGAGCGCAUGGUGGAAGACAGUGCAUGUCUGGGUCGGGCGCCGGGUUUCAGGAAGGAAGCGAUUGACAAUGCACUGGUCUUGAGUUUGCAGGAGAGUUUUUAGCCCUCCGAUUGCAGAAGCAGCAACAGGCUAUAUACCGUUGUAUUUCAUGUUGGCGUUCGAGAGUAAACUUAUCAGCAUGAAAUCUCUCGUGUUGGGAAGUUUGCCAACUGUCAAGCUCCAAGGCUCUGUAGUGUGCGCUUUAGGGAUGGUGCUUUAUCCAAUAAUUAUUCCCUCCAACUCAACCAACCACUGCUGUUCCUU